AUGUCUUCUCCCAUACCGCCGGACCCGUACGAGGCCCUCGGUGUGGCCAAGGAUGCAGACAUUGCCGCCAUCAGAUCAGCACAUCGAAAGCUUGUCCUGAAGCAUCAUCCAGAUCGCAUCCAAGACCCAGCCCUCAAAGAGAAAGGCAAAGACGCCUUCCAGAAAAUCCAGCAGGCCUACGAGAUACUUAGCGAGCCCAGCAAACGUGCUCGAUACGAUGACCAGAUCAGAUUGGCCACCCUGCGGAAGGAGGCAAUGAUGCGAGAUGGGCCAACUACUACUCGAUCCCAGACCUACCCGAUGAGGCCUGCACCACCUCGCGAGGAUUUUCAACGAGAAUUCAGCACGGAAGAUGGCGCCUUUUACGAAACUCGAAAACCCCGCCACGAAGACGUCGGUGCCAGCCGUGACCGGUUUGAAGAGCCACUGCGAACCAAUUCAAGAAAACACCAGGAUUACGAUCGAGCAGCUUCCGCUAAGAAGGCCACCGAGAAAGAGCGUUCUGGGAAGAGUGCAAAUUGGAGCAAGGUUCAGAACAUUGUUAAUGCGGGUGUCCGCUUGAAGAAGGACGCCGAAAAGUCACGAAGUAGCAAGACCAAGGAAGGCAAGGAUCGCGAGAGGCGCAGCGAGAGGAGUGAGAAAGACAACCGUUAUCGCCAGCCCUACUUCAGCGAGGACAGUGAUUCUGAUACGGCGACUCAUGUUACUUCCUCCACCAUCAAACCUUCGAGACCCUCUCCCCGUGCAGCGCCUUCAAGCAACACUCGACCUUCAACAGCCACUAGGCGACCUGUGCAUGACGACGAGAGUGAGGGAAGCGACCACUCUCGCUCGAAAUGGGAGAGCAACUUCGACAAAACAUUGGGAUAUCUGGAAAAAGCUGCAGCUGGCGCAGGAAAGCGUCCACCCUUUGCACGCCACGAGUCAGGUUCCUACUGGAGUAGCACCCGGCGCAGUGGUAGUGACAGCGACCGCCGGCCAACACCAACCAAAGCUAGACGCAGUUAUGAAGAGGACCCUCGACGACCUCCAAUGCCCACGCAGAACUCUGCUCCGAGUGGCUUAAAGGCCAGAGUCGAGGAACGAAUUCCAAAGCCAGAGAGACGGUCUGGAGGUUCUGCUUCGUAUUCGCCGCGCGACCGAGACGACUACCGGAAAGAGAUGCCCAGCUUUUCACGCUCUCAAACAAUGCCUAGCCCACGCCCCUCCAGCAAGAAGGACGCUGCCCCCAAGGCUUCAUCAAACUUGAAACAUACCGAGACGCACGACUCAGGUUACGGUAGCAGUUCGAGUCCUCACACACCCGACCCUCGCGAGGAAAGUCCAACGACCCGGACAACCAAAUCUCGAUACCAGAUCGUAGAUCCGGCGGAGAGUGACGACGAUCGAGCCACUCGUAUCUAUAAGAUGCAUGAAGAUGAUGUCGAUCGCCGCAGGAGGUAUGCUAGUCCUGAGCCAGUCAACGAGAAGCGCCGCCCAGAACCGUCUCGCAUCAACACUGUACACGGACACACUCGGUCUAAAGGCAGCCGUGACUCUCCUGUCGAGCCCAAGAUCCGUCGUUCCGAGUCGGACAGGCAUUACAACAGUAGCCGGGAGAAGCUCUAUGGCGAGGUGGAUGAGCCUUUGGAGAGAGAGCCACGAGCUUACAAAUAUGGCUCCGGCGAGAAGACGAACGUGCGUUCGCCUCGAGAGCCUACUUCCUCUCGCCACGACGAUGUGCGAAGCCGCGAUUCGGCGCCAGGGUCGAGAUUUCAGGCUGAUGUACGAGGCUCCAGAAGGCCCUCAGUCUACUAG